AUGGAGAAUGACUUUGUAAGAAGCUGUGCCGAAUACAUACAAGAAGCAUACCGACAAUCCGACCUUGAUAAUUUUGUUGGAGGCACCGUGGAUGCCUACGACAUAUUCGCGGCCGGCAUUGUCAUAUUCUGUCUGCGGGAUAAGUGCACGGAGAUUUACCAAGACCAGCGAAUUGUCAAUCAAUGCACCACGCUCCUCACUUUGCUGGGCGAGCGCUUUUCUGGACUGAAGGGCUUUCGGCGUACACUAUGGGAUCUGUCCAAUGCGGUGGUCCCAGGCAAUUCAACACAUGAAUCCCUGAUCGCUGAUCUCCCUCCGAUCAUUCCUGAUGGGAUUCGAGCCCUGAUAUUUAGUGUCUUGUGA